GCGGCUAGCAGGCAGCUCAGAGCGGGACCCUUGAAAACAAAAAACAAUUCUGUGGCUUCCCUUUUUGAGUCCGGGUGUCACUGCAAUUCAGCAUGAAGUUCAUGUCCUCUUUAUUUAACGCUGGUUGCCAGUGUUUAGCGGUUUAGCCAGAGAGGUACCGAGGAGUCAGAAUCAGGAUUCAAAACGAUACAAAAUGCCUCCGAAGAAGCAGCAUCUCAAGCCGACUGCAGCCAACGUCUCCAGCUCUUUGGACCUAGAGUCUGAGGACAUCAGCUUGGAGACGACCGUACCCACCACUGAGGAUGUCUCCUCGUCCGACGAGCAGCGGAACGGCUCCCAGAAGGUGACCCGCCAGCUGAUCGAGAGGAAGGAGCUGCUGCACAACGUCCAGCUGCUUAAAAUCGAGCUAUCUCAGAAGAAUCUCAUCAUAGACAACAUGAAAGCCGAUCAUAUGUCAAAGAUUGAGGAGUUGGAGGAGAGGCUGAAUGACGCCCUGCAUCAGAAACAAGUGUUGGUCCUAAGACUGGACAACCAGCUGAAACUUACUCAGGAGGAGAACAGGAAGCAGCAGGCUCUGCGUAAGCAGGAGAUGGAGGCCAUCCUGCUCAGGCAGCAGCAGCUGGAGGAGACUAACCGACAGCUGUGUGAGAAGGCUGGAGAACUGAGGAGGUCUCUCAGGGAUCUGGACCUCUCCCAGGACAGAUACCAGGAGCUUCGUGGUCUUCCUGAGGACAAAAUAUCUAUACAGGAAUAUGUAGCUAUGCGUUUCUAUGAGGUAGUGACUCCUCUGCGGGCCCAGCUGAUUGAGCUUAGUCUGAAGAACAGCAGUGUGACAGAAGAGCUGGAUAUGCACAGAACCAAGAUGAAGACACUGAUUGAGAGCUACGAGGAAGAGCGGCGGUUGCGUACAGAGCUGGAGAUGAGGAGCCAGAGAUUGACCUUAGAACUGGCUGACACCAAACAGCAGAUCCAAGAUGGCGACUACCGCAGAGAGAACUACCCAAACAUCAAACGAGAGCGCGACAACUUUGAAGCAGAGCUGAAGGAGUUAAAGAGGAGAUCUGAGACCGUAGACUUGUCUCAUGCUGCAGUGACCAGAGAAAGGGACACACUCAGCAAAGAGGUGGCGACAUUGCAACAAUCAGUGACACUCCUGCAGAAGGACAAGGAGUACCUGCACAGGCAGAAUGUGGAACUCAGUGUUCGCUGUGCACAUGAAGAAGACCGCCUGGAGAGAUUGCAGGUACAAUUAGAAGACACUAAAAAAGCCAGGGAAGACGCCUAUGAAAAAUAUGUAGCAUCCAGAGACCACUACAAGUCAGAAUAUGAGAGCAAAUUAAGAGAGGAGUUGGAGAACAUCAGGCUGAAAACAAGUCAGGAGAUAGACAACCUGCAGAGAACCUCCAGGGAGAUGUAUGAGAGGGAAAACAGGAACUUGCGCGAGGCCAGAGACAGCGCGGUGCUGGAGAGAGACCGAGCAGUGGCUGCUGAGAGAGACGCCCAGUCCAGAUAUGACCAACUGCUGGAGCAGUUCCGUCAGCUCCAGCUGGGUACAGACAGCCGGGUGGCAGAACUAUCCAACCAGGCCAAGCUGCACUCUUUUGAAGCUGAGCGUGCUAAUAUGGUCAAGGAUGAGACGGCUAAAGCCCUAGCUCAGUGUCAGCUGGAGUGUGAGAAACAGCAGAAGAAGCUAGAGCUCCUCACUCAGGAGUUUUACAGGCUACAAACUUCCUCAGAGAGGCGGGUAGCAGAGCUGCAUACUCAGAACGCUGAGCAGGUGUCUCGCCUGGAAACGUAUGAAAAGCUCGAGCAAGAGCUGGACCAGGUCACCAUGCAAGCUGCCGAAAUUGAGAAUGAAGAAGAGGCAGAGAGGGUUUUGUUCUCAUAUGGCUAUGGGGCAAAUGUUCCUACAACGGCCAAAAGAAGACUAAAACAGAGCGUUCACUUGGCCCGCAGGGUGCUGCAGCUCGAGAGGCAGAAUACAUCACUGAGGAGAGAGUUGGAAAGUCACAAGUCGCAGACGGGGCAGAUAUCCAAAGAGUUGUUGGCCGCCAACCAGCUGUUACAGCAGACGCAGCAACCUUAUAGUUACUUGAUUGAGACGGUGAGACAAAGGGAUGCACAGAUCAGCAUACUGAAGGAGCGUGUCACCUCACUUGAGGGCGAUGUCAGUUCUCUGAGGAAAGAGCGGACCGCUCUGGAACAGGUGAAAAACAACAUGGCCGCUGAUCUGGAGCGACUUCUCAACCAUCAAGAGGAGUUAGCCAUGAUGAAGCAGGUCCUGAUCAGCAUGCGGUCCAGACAGGCAGACGCUCUAAACCUGUUGGAAACAGAUAAAACUGGUAUCAGGACUUCUGGAUUGGGGAAAAAACAGCAGUCCAAACGUAUCAACAGGACAGCAGAAGAAGAAUCACUAAACAAACCCAAACCCACUGUGUUUACAAAUAAAGAAGUUCCCGAUUGGUACCAAAAGCAGAAGCAGAAAUCCAAGUGAACGUUUGUGUCAUGACUGGAGCUCAGGACUUUUGUUUUGUUUUUAACUUUUAGGUUUUGUCUAGACUUUUGUAUGUUAAACUUGUAAGUUACAGUUCAUUUCAUUGCUUGAUUGCUUUUCAAAUACAAAGGCACAAACAGUUUGAA